GAGGAACUCUUCAAUGAAUGAAACACAAAUCUUAAAGUGUUUGAAAACAACAAACACGUGAAGGGAGAAGUUAAAAGAUAAAUUAGCCUACUGAAAUCAUAUAUUUAUUUAUACAUAGCAGUUUAUGUUUAUGGAAUAUAGACAGAUCGAAACAUGCCUCGUUAUGGACAGUUGGUUAUUGGUCCAGCUGGAAGUGGAAAGUCAACAUAUUGCAGUAAUAUAGUCAAACAUUGUGAGGUGCUAAGAAGAACAGUACAUGUUGUUAAUCUUGAUCCAGCAGCAGAACAUUUUGAUUACCCUGUCUUAGCUGAUAUAAGAGAACUAAUCAAUGUAGAUGAUGCUAUGGAAGAUGAUACUUUAAGAUUUGGUCCUAAUGGUGGUCUGGUAUUCUGUAUGGAGUAUUUGGCUCAGAAUUUUGACUGGUUACAUGAACAACUAGAUGAGAUUGAAGAUGACUACAUUUUAUUUGAUUGCCCAGGACAGAUUGAACUAUAUACACACAUACCAGUUAUGAGACAGCUUGUGGACACUUUACAAAAUUGGGAUUUCCGUAUUUGUGGUGUUUUUAUUGUGGACUCUCAAUUUAUGGUUGAACCGUCUAAAUUUGUAUCAGGUGUGAUGUCUGCGUUAUCCGCCAUGGUUAAUUUAGAGAUCCCUCAUGUAAAUGUGAUGACAAAAGUUGAUUUGUUAAGUAAUAAAGCAAAGAAAAAACUUGAUAGGUAUUUAGAACCAGAUUUACAUUCAUUGCUGCAUGAAGAAUUUGAAGAAACAAAAUUUAACCACAGAUUCCGUAAAUUAAAUGACUCUAUAGCAACUAUGAUUGAUGAUUAUAGUUUAGUCAAAUUUAUUCCAUUGGAUAUAAGCGAUGAAGAAAAUUUUAAUGACUUGUUAAUCCAAAUAGACUUGGCUAUCCAGUAUGGCGAUGAUUUGGAACAUAGAGAAAUAAGGGAACCAGAAGAAAUAGAUGAUGAAACAAAUAUAGACAGUGGUUUUGAUGGGCCAUGAACUAGAAUUUCGAAGAUAACAAGAUUAUUGUGUUGUAUUGAUCAGUUUCAAUGAAAGAUUGUGAAAGCCUGUUUAUCACCAUUACUAUCUGUAAUUUAACUGUGCUGUGGAUGGACAAAAUUGAGUAAAGAUUCAACAAUAUGAACAUGAGGCCACGUAAAAAAAAAUAUUCCGGUUCUCAGAUAAUGCUGCAUCACUUAUAAAGGGCUGCAGACCUGUUCUCGUCAGGUUACAGGAAAUAACUUGAUAAAAUAAUUUGAAUGAAUCCAGAAAUGUGGCAUAGGCCUAUUUUUCAAGUACACAACCCUCAUCAAUAUUACUGGGUAAUCAUACAUUCCUAUAUGCAACACAAUGAGAUAAAUGUAGUGCCUGGAAAUGUGAUGUUUAGCGUAGUAGUCAUCCUUUGAAAAAAUAAAAACCUCCCUCCCGCAUCAGAUUUCUGGAAAGGAUUGUCUGAGAACCAGAGUAUUUUUUUUUGUAUGGCCUAAUUACCAGUAUACAUAUCUUUAUGUUGUAUAUAUGUGUACUUGAUGUAAAUAAAAUAAAUUCUAUUUAACCUA